GCUGCUUUUGUCUCUCUCCGGCUCCCGGAUCGCCCGCCGUGUCACGUAGAGGUGAUCGGGGAGGGCCGGCGGCUGGGUUCAAACUCGCGCUAAGCCGCGAUGACCCAGUCUUUGGUUUGCCCCGAGACCGUGAGCCGGGUGAGUUCUGUGCUUAAUCGCAACAGCCGGCAAUUUGGGAAGAAAUAUCUUUUUGACGAGGAUGAGGAAACAUGCUGGAAUUCCGACCAGGGUCCCUCCCAGUGGGUGACACUCGAGUUUCCCCAUCGUGUUCACAUCACACAGCUGCAGGUGCAGUUCCAGGGCGGCUUCUCCAGUCGCCACAGCUGCCUGGAAGGUUCACAAGGUGGGGACACCCUCAGUAAGAUUGUGGACUUCUACCCUGAGGACACCAACGCCCUUCAAACUUUCUCCAUUCCUACUGUGGAGGUGGACCGGCUGAAGCUGACCUUUGAGGACACCACGGACUUUUUUGGUCGUGUGGUCAUUUACCACCUGCGGGUGCUGGGUGAGAAGGCAGUGUGAGCAUUGGCCCACCUC